AUGGUGCAGCAAACCAACAACGCCGAGAACACGGAAGCGCUGCUCGCCGGCGAGAGCUCGGACUCGGGCGCCGGCCUCGAGCUGGGCAUCGCCUCCUCCCCCACGCCCGGCUCCACCGCCUCCACGGGCGGCAAGGCCGACGACCCGAGCUGGUGCAAGACGCCGAGUGGGCACAUCAAGCGGCCCAUGAACGCCUUUAUGGUGUGGUCGCAGAUCGAGCGGCGCAAGAUCAUGGAGCAGUCACCCGACAUGCACAACGCCGAGAUCUCCAAGCGGCUGGGCAAACGCUGGAAGCUGCUCAAAGACAGCGACAAGAUCCCUUUCAUUCGGGAGGCGGAGCGGCUGCGCCUCAAGCACAUGGCUGACUACCCCGACUACAAAUACCGGCCCAGGAAGAAGGUGAAGUCCGGCAACGCCAACUCGGGCUCCGCGGCCGCCGCCGCCUCCAAGCCCGGGGAGAAGGGCGACAAGGUCGGUGGCAGCGGCCACGGGGGCGGCGGCGGCGGGGGCAGCCACGCGGGGGGAGGAGGCGGCGGCGGCGCGAGCGGCGGCGGCGCCAACUCCAAACCCGCUCAGAAAAAGAGCUGCGGCUCCAAAGUGGCGGGCGGCGGGGUCGGCAAGCCCCACGCCAAGCUCAUCCUGGCGGGCGGCGGCGGGAAGGCGGCGGCGGCGGCCGCCGCCUCCUCCUCCUCCUCGUCGUCGUCGUCCUCGUUCGCCGCCGAGCAGGCGGGGGCCGCCGCCCUGUUGCCCCUGGGCGCCGCCGCCGCGGCCGCCGACCACCACUCGCUGUACAAGGCGCGGACUCCCAGCGCCUCGGCCUCGGCCUCCGCGGCGGCCUCGGCCUCGGCCGGCCUGGCGGCCCCGGGCAAACACCUGGCGGAGAAGAAGGUGAAGCGCGUCUACCUGUUCGGCGGCCUGGGCGCGUCGUCCUCGCCCGUCGGCGGCGUGGGCGCGGGCGCCGACCCCAGCGACCCCCUGGGCCUGUACGAGGAAGGGGGCGCCGGUUGCUCGCCCGACGGGCCGAGCCUGAGCGGCCGCAGCAGCGCCGCCUCGUCGCCGGCCGCCGGCCGCUCGCCCGCCGACCACCGUAGCUACGCCAGCCUGCGCGCCGCCUCGCCCGCCCCGUCCAGCGCGCCCUCGCACGCGUCCUCGUCGGCCUCAUCCUCCUCCUCGUCGUCGUCGUCGUCCUCCUCGUCCUCGUCCUCGGGCUCGUCGUCGUCCGACGACGAGUUCGAAGACGAUCUGCUCGACCUGAACCCCAGCUCAAACUUUGAGAGCAUGUCCCUGGGCAGCUUCAGCUCGUCGUCGGCGCUGGACCGGGAUCUGGAUUUUAACUUCGAACCCGGCUCCGGCUCGCACUUCGAGUUCCCGGACUACUGCACGCCCGAGGUGAGCGAGAUGAUCUCGGGAGACUGGCUGGAGUCCAGCAUCUCCAACCUGGUCUUCACCUACUGA